UGUACUGUAUGACGCCGCUUUGUAUCCAGGGAGAAACAGUUACGAUAGACUUUUUUUGCUUCGACUCCCAGAAAUAUGAAUUCGUACAGACAAACGUAGCUAACGAAGUCGAGAAUCAGUGAGACAAUCAGGCAGAAGCAGAAAUGGCUAAUUUAGCCUACGAGAAAAAAGCUAGGUGAUUAAUACGUUCCAGACGGUUACUCGGCUAGGUUAGCUGGCUAGCUCGCUGUUGUGUUUACUUAUUUUUCAUUAGAUUACAGUUUAAGCGAAGCCUAACCACUUAACACUGACGUAAAGCCAGCUGCUCAAACUGGCUUUAGAUGAGACUUGUUUGAACGGUGUUUAGCUCAUACCUUCGUUCGUGUAGCAGGUGAGGUGAGGUGAGGAAAGGUGAGGUAUGGCUGGAGCGGUUCUGGGUGUCGGUACCGGAGUUUUCCUCAUUGCCCUCAUAUGGAUCGUGACUCUGGUUCUCGGCCUCCUUCUGUCUCGAGCCUCCGCUCCAACAAAACUGGUGAUGAUCCCCAUAGUACUUUUGGCUUUAACCAUCACCUUGAUCCUCGUCUUUUUCCCACGAGCUGCUGAAGUCCCGUCCCCUGUAAAAGAAACACAGAUAGUGGACACAUUCUUUAUUGGCCGCUAUGUCCUGCUGUCUAUAGUGAGUGUGGUGUUCCUGGCAGCUCUGUUCACUCUCUUGCCCUUCCACCUCCUGGAGCCAGUGUAUGCCAAGCCUGUGAGAGCCCACUAGAACAGAGACUGGCACAUGCUAAACCCCAACGGACCCAGAGGGCCUGUCUGGCUCAGCCACUGUCAAUGGGCCCAGCUUUAGAAGAGAGGGUCCUACAAGAGCCUCCAGUGUUCCCCUAGUGCUGUCCAAAUCAGAAGCACCGACUUAUGUCCGAUUGUGCAGAACACAAGGGGACUGUUAAUUACAUUGCUGAAAACAAUGAUGUGCAUUCAAGAUUUAAGGCUAAUGUACAUUGAAAAAGUGAUGCUUUGAAUUUACUAAUUACAUCAGCACAGUUACUGCAAAUGUUAAACAAACUGAAAGACAAAAUUAUAUUUUAUUCUUGUGGAUAAGAUUUGUAAAAUGUACACAUGUAAAUCAAGGCAAUUUUCAGUGUAAAUAUUGUUUUAAUUGAUUGUAAGUGUUAUUUUUCUACUUUUCAACCUAUAAAUUUCACCAGUUCUUUAAUAUUUCUGCCUAAUUAGGUCAUUAAGAUGUAAAUAAAGCCAUUCAGCAU